GUUCGUCACACUGAAUUAUUACAAAUACUACUUUCCAGUUUUGUAAGACAAUUCCAAAAAACAGGUUGCCUUUGGAAAAUUGCCAUGUGAAGCCCACGGAGGUGAGGAGAGUGCUGGGUUCCCUGGUGGCCAGCUGUGUUAUGGCCAACCGAAGGGUGUUCCAGAGCUGCUGUGGAUCCUGGAAAGCCUUUUCUGUGUUGAUUAUUUACCAGACACUGCAAGCACACUUGGGUUCUUCUGGGUCAGGUUGCAGAGCUUGGCUUGGUAGCACCCGUUGCUGUAACAUAGCCAAGCCAAAGUGCCUCCCCGCCUCCGAGGGGCUGGGGGAACCAAAGACCCCCCAGGAUGCCCUUUCCCAGCACCCAGGGGCUGGGCAGGCUUGCUGUGAAGUCGCUCUGCUCAUGACUCAGUCUGGGUGCGGGCUUUUCUCUGGCUGAGAGCAACAUGUGCACGUCUGGGUGUGUGUAUAACCCCUACAUCUCUGUGCUUUCUGCUGUGCUGCAGGUGGCUGUUGUGGCUCUGAUGUAAAGCAGUAUGUGUACGGAGGCUGGGCCUGGGCUUGGUGGUGCAUUACUGACACCCAAAGUAUCUUUAGGAAGACGGGACCAGGCACUGCGUAUGAAAUCAUGGAUGAGCAUCAGGCCCAGCCCACUGCCUUUGGCUGUCAGCAGCUCCCAGUCCUUCGAAGGAAGGCUGCCUUGCGUACAGCACUGCGAGUAGCUGGAAGGAGCAACACGCAUCCUGUGUCCUGCCUCGAAGCAUGGGGAACGUAGGGUCGCCGAGAGCUGCACAGCUUCUGGCCAUCCUCUGCUUUGAGUGAUGGGGCUGAGGUUGUCCAGGGCCCUGCAGGACGUAACCCUGUCAUUUCAGGCUUACCUGACAGUAAACAGUGAUCAGUCAUGUGCAAAAUAAAAUCAUAGGAUGGGGGAGUUCUGACCAAUUUUGUGGGGACAGCUGGGUGUCACGGUGCAAAAGACAAAAGAGAAAAAUCCCAUACUUUCAGCUGAAAUACUUUUCAAAUGGCCUCUCUGUCCACACCUCUCUGUCCAUUCCUCUUCUCAAACCCAAGGCAGUCAGAUUGGUUGGUUGGGGUUUUUUUUUCCAUUUUGGUUGUUUUUGAGUUACCUAAAACCCACCACGCUGAGAGGGCCAUAGCCUGGCUGGUCAGUGUGUUUCUUCCUGUGCUGGGGAAGGCGAGAGUCCUGCUCUCUUCUGCUGCCUUUCCAGCACGCCGCAGCUAUGAGGCUCUCACAGAGGUGCUGGGCAGCGGGGCCACCGGGCUGGCUCAUCCAUGAGUUCACAAGAGGAGCUGAGCUCUGCCCAGCGUGGCCCAAACCCUCACCUGGUACCAAACACAUCUGUGGUAUGCAGCGGGCCAGUGCCCCCUCCUGCUCCUCAAAGUCUCUUUUUCUAAAGAUGUGCUGACUGCUGUCACCUUGGGAGCAGGCUGUGUUCCUAUUUAAAACCACGGGAUUUCCUUUCUCUCCCUUUACUCAGUCCAGGAUUUUGCUUGCUGCUUCUUACCGUGCUGGUCUCUGAACUAACGUGCUGUGAUAGUGCUGCUGUCCUGCUAACGUAGCUCUUUGUCUUUAGGAUCUUUGGGAAUGUUACUCUCUCCUAACGCCUCCCUCGUGCUCACCAGUGCAGGUUUCCUCCAUCUGUGCAAAAAAAAAAUAGGGAAAAAGGAUAACGAUGUGACUUUUGGGUUUUUGCACCGAGUGACAGCCAGAGGUUGUAGUUAACCCUUGCUGCCUGAUCUUGCCACCUCUUUUCCCUGUUCGUGUGUUGCCACCAGCAGAUGAAGCGAGCAUGUUGCUGUCCUCGCUCUGCAGAUGAUACGCUGCCAUAGCUGCUCUUCACCUGAGGGUCAGGCAGCGUGCCUUGUCCGAAGGGGAGCCUGGCUGCUGCUGGCAACUGACUCACGACAGCUCUCAGGUCCUCUCCCAGGUGGCUGGUACUCGGGAUUUCUACGAGAGCCUACCAUAGCGCUCCGGCUGCAUGAAGAGGUCUCAGCUAACACCUUCUGCUUUAGCCCGGGCUCUACAGCGAUGCUCGUACGAGGUGGGAGGCGAAGGAAAGGCCCGGCUUGUGGGCUCAGUGCUUAAGAACUGCACUUGAUCCAGACAAGCUUCAUUGCUGAAUUUUGACUGUCUUUGGAGGUUAUGACCAUCCUCUGUCGCUGCGAGAAUAUUGAGACGUCGGAGGGGGUCCCACUGUACGUAACAGGGGUUGCACAGGUGAAGAUAAUGACCGAGAAGGAGCUCCUGGCUGUGGCCUGUGAGCAGUUCUUGGGGAAGAACGUGCAGGAUGUGAAGAACGUGGUCCUUCAGACGCUGGAGGGGCAUCUGCGCUCCAUCCUAGGUACCCUGACAGUGGAGCAGAUCUACCAAGACAGGGAUCAGUUUGCCAAGCUGGUGCGGGAGGUGGCAGCUCCUGACGUGGGUCGCAUGGGUAUCGAGAUCCUGAGCUUCACCAUCAAGGAUGUCUAUGAUAAAGUGGAUUACCUGAGCUCCCUGGGAAAGACUCAGACUGCAGCUGUCCGAAGGGAUGCAGACAUCGGUGUGGCAGAAGCCGAGCGAGAUGCUGGCAUUCGGGAAGCAGAGUGCAAGAAAGAAAUGCUGGAUGUCAAGUUCAUGGCAGAUACCAAAAUAGCAGAUUCCAAACGGGCUUUUGAAUUGCAGAAAGCUGCCUUCACUGAGGAGGUCAAUGUUAAGACUGCAGAGGCCCAGCUGGCCUAUGAGCUCCAGAGUGCGCGGGAGCAGCAGAAGAUCCGCCAGGAGGAAAUUGAAAUUGAGGUGGUACAGCGCAAGAAGCAGAUUGAUGUUGAAGAGAAAGAGAUCAUCCGGAUGGAGAAGGAGCUGAUAGCCACUGUGAAGCGGCCGGCCGAGGCCGAAGCCUACCGUAUCCAGCAGAUCGCCGAAGGCGAGAAGGUGAAGCAAGUCCUCAUCGCUCAGGCAGAAGCAGAAAAGAUCCGCAAGAUCGGAGAAGCGGAGGCCUUUGUGAUUGAGGCCAUUGGGAUGGCGGAAGCUGAGAGGAUGAAGCUGAAGGCUGAAGCACUCCAGCAGUAUGGAGAAGCUGCCCAGCUGGCUCUAGUGCUGGAUGCACUGCCUGAGAUCGCUGCCAAAGUGGCUGCUCCCCUCUCCAAAGUGGACGAGAUCGUUAUUCUCAGCGGAGAGAGCAGCAACACAACAUCUGAGGUGAACCGUCUGCUGGCCGAGAUCCCCGCUUCUGUGCGUGCCAUCACCGGCGUGGAUCUCACAAAGAUUCCCCUGAUCCAGAAAGCCACCGGGGCCCAGGCAUGAGGCUGGCCCACCCAAAGCUAGUGAAGAUCACUCCCUGUUAUGCACUCAGACAUCAACUGCCUUCAACACGUGGGAAUUCCUUUUAUAUCAAAGACAAUUGGAGUUUCA